AACACGCAGAGUCCUGGGUCCAAUACCCCGCGAGGCGCUCCUGAACAGGAUCGGCCGGUGUCUUUCUUUCUUUCUUUCUGUCCCCGACAGCCACUACAUCACAACAAACGAGUGAGUAGCACGGCGCGACGGGCAACCUGUCCGCAGUCCUCGAGUGCUGAAGAGAGAAGGCACCAUGUGAUAGAUCCAGUUGUUGCAAUGGAUAGAGCAACGAGAUGGACUGUAUAUGAAAAGGAUCACCGUGGCAACAGAAGCCCCACUUUGAGAAGCUCGGGUGAUGGAGGCUGAAGGCCGGUCUCAUCACUCACCUCACCUUCUCAAUAAAUCUUGUGCUGGAGGCCGUGCCGAUCCAUGAAAGUGCUCAAAUCACCACAAAAUAACAAAAAUGAAGAAUAAACAUGGAGGAGAGUGAGAACAUGAGGGACUUCAACUUGUAGGAAUGUAAAUAUGGGACUGCAAAUUUUGAUACCUGUGCUCUUGUUCUCGACAGUUCACCAUGAACAUCACAGACGCUAGGACCCUGCGGAGACACGACACGGAGGUCCUCAAUGCAACCAUGGGAAGGAGGAGGGGAGUGGGAGAGAGGAGAGUGGGCUGUCUGCCUGGUGUCUUUGCACACAUUCCCAUCAGCAUCUUUUGGAUGGAACCACGGCCGUAGUCAAGCAGGAUGCACAAAGCAGAACAAGGGAAGACGAGCGAAGGGGGCCCGCGUUCGUUGCAGGUGCAUGACGCUACUUGAGUUGGAGAUGCACCGCAUUCUCAUCCUUCAAACCCAAAGCAGCAGUGUGAGGAAAUAUUCUGAUUCAGGGGUGUUUAUGACUGCGGGCACAAGGGAGGAUUUUUGUAAAUGAAAAAGAUUGUUGAGAACCUCCCCCGAGCAUCAGACCAGCAUCACAACCGCGGGGUCUACCUAAUUUCCCAGCCGCUGUCCUCUGGCCGUACUUCCUGGCUGUGAAGGAUGGGUGAUGGGCCAGUGACGGACCCUGCCCGCCCGCCUCGUCCCACCCUCCAAUGGAGCCAGCGUGGAACUCCUCCCACCCGCCUCGGCAGCUCCCGUCCAACACGUCUACCUCCGCUCCGGCUGAGGACUGGCCUCCGUACCAGUGGGUAGCCCUAGCGGCCAUGCUGCUCAUGGAUCUGCUCGCUGUGGUGGGCAACGUGGCCGUCAUGACGGUCAUCGCCAAAGUCCCGCAGCUCCACAAGUUUGCCUUCGUCUUCCACCUGUGCUUGGUGGACCUGCUGGCGGCCUUGGUGCUGAUGCCUCUCGGCAUGGUCUCCAGUCGAGCCUUCUUCGGGGAGGCCCUGUGCCGCAGUUACCUCUUCCUCAGCGUGUUCCUGGUUAGCGCCGCCAUCCUCUCCAUCUCAGUCAUCAACGUGGAGCGCUAUUAUUACGUCAUGCACCCCAUGCGCUACGAGGUGAAGAUGACCGUGGGCCUGGUGGCGUCAGUGCUGGUGGGGAUAUGGGUCAAAGCGUUGGCCAUGUCGGCUUUGCCGCUGCUCGCCUGGAUCCUGCAAGGUGCGAGGACUCCCCUUCUGGAGGGUAGCGGGGGAGGCGGGGGGGUCCCCUCUCCUCCCGCUCAGGGUCAGAGGCGCUGCUCGCUGCACUGGACGGGGGGCGGCUCGAACCGUUUGGCGUUCAUGGUCCUCUUCACGCUGCUUUAUUUCCUGUGUCCGCUGCUGGUCAUUUUCGUGGUGUACUGCAACAUGUUCAAGGUGGCUCGGGUCGCCGCCAUGCACCACGGGCCUCUGCCCACUUGGACGGACACGCCUCGUCGCCAAAGGUCGGAGUCGCUCAGUAGCCGGUCCACGAUGGUUACCAGCUCUGGAACAGGGACCGGGAGGGAGACACCGGUGCGGCCAUUCGGUGGGGGGAAAGCGGCAGCCGUGUUGAUGGCGGUUGGCGGGCAGUUUCUGGGUUGCUGGCUGCCCUACUUUUCUUUCCACAUGUAUUCCGCUCUGGCCGCCAGCCCCCCGGCCACGUUGGCAUCUCUCGAGGAGGCGGUCACCUGGAUUGGCUACUUCUGCUUCACCUCCAACCCCUUCUUCUACGGCUGUCUCAACAGACAGAUCCGGGAGGAGCUGGGCAAACAUCUGCCGUGCCUGUUUCGUCGAGCGGGAUUCGAGGUGGAGGAGAGGCUGCCCAGCCGCGAAGGCUCCAUAGAGGAAAAUUUCCUCCAGUUUCUUCAGGGCACCGGCUGCAACUUGGAACCUCAGAACUCGCAAAGCACCUCCAGUCCUAAAGGAGAGGCCUGCUGCCCCAUGGUUCAGUCGCAAGCAUCUGAGCCAGCACAUCCGCUACCUGUCGAUUUUCGUAUACCGGGACAAAUUGCAGAGGAUACCUACGAGUUUGUCGAUACUCAUCAGGCGAAAAACAACCACGUCGAUAUAGACACUUAACGCUUUUUUUUUAUUUUUCUUACACCAUUGUGAUUGUGUGUUGAAGACAUCAAGAAAGUUGUUUGGUUCUUCUUCUUAUUAUUUUUUUUAUCACCAUUGCAAAUUACAACCAAAAUACAAGCAUAAUGUUAAAUUAGCACCUCGCUGAACGUGUCAAUCAAAACUGAGCAUUGUCUUUGAAAAGGUGAAAGUUUUUUUUUUUUUUUUAACAAUUCUUGAAAUUAGUUCAUUAGGAUAACUCAGGGCCAGGGGGCUGCAGAACCAAACCCUCCAAAAUCUUCAAAUUAUAAAAAUUCAUUAUUAAUUCCCUAUGUGUGAAAAUGCUGAAUGUAGGGGGUUCCAAGCAUGUUUGGGAGGGGGGGAGUGACCCCAUUCCCCCCCUCUUUAGCUGUCAUGGCUAGUCGGGGUAGUUCACUAGAUUCCUGUCAGUUUUUGACAAUAUGGAUAAAUGUAAACAAAUGAAUGGAUUUAACAGUUUGAAAAGUUUGGGGAAUUCAAUUGAAAUAAUUCAGUUCCGUGCAGUGAAUAAUGAUUUUACAAAAUCUGGAACUGCCGGUAUCAAGCUAGAUAUCAAGCUAAGAUGAGUUUGCCUUUGAUCACCAUCUUUUUCUCCAUGGAUUACGCAAUUAUUGUGCUGUGAUCUUCUGCCUUUAAAAAUCACAAAUGAAGACUCAACGCUGUCGUACAAACGUAGGAUUUUGUUUCUCUUGAGUUUGACAGUCGGGCUUUCAUCAAUAAUAAAGCCCCCUCUCAACUCUUCAAAAUCAGCCUGGCACGCAUCGUGUAACCCACUAAUCACGCUAUUUUUUAUUUUUUUCGGACCAGCGAGCCAGAUGUGUUGACUAUAAGCUGAUUCUAGAAUUGGAGGAAAUAGAAAUCUAUACUCUCUUGAUGCACAGCAUUUGAUCAGUAUGUUCCUUUCAAUUCAUUCAUCUGCUAAAUGAUGUGUUUGGUAGACUUGUAAAGUGUGCUUUGUGUAUACUGUAACGCUUUACACAAUCUUUUCUUUGAUUUUUUUUUUUUUUAUCUUGGUGUCAAGUACACGUUUCGAAUUUGUUAGCAAGGUGCCGGGAAUGUUUUGACCUGCCGCUGCCUUCUUUGUGAGUCGUGGAGAUUAUCAUCAUGGAGGAGAAAUGUAUAUAAUUUCUUUUCCUGGCCUCAUCAGGUUUUAUGUACAGGAUAAACCUUGAAUAUGAAAACUAAAUGCAGAAAUGAUCGAAAUAGCAGGUGCUUUACUAACGUGGAUACAGGGUCACUAAGUGAGUGAGUUAAAACCAGAAAUGAACUUGAUGUUCAUCAUGUAUGUCCUCAAUUGUGGAUGAUGUGGAGCAUUUACAAUUGGGGUGAGGGUAGUUUUUCCUUUCUCUUUAAAAUGAAAGAACUGCUUGCACAUGUGUACUGUACACAGCUAAACGUUCAUUGAGAG